AUGUCCGCACAGGAUAGAAAUUCUCCAAUGGACUUAGCGAACAACUUGCCAACGGCCCCUAUGCUCUCUUAUAAAUCUUCUGCUUCACUGACGGCUCACCAUAACAACGGAUCAAAAUCUGACACACAACAGCAAACCGUGGAAUGGACAGACGAAGAACGUUUACUCUGGCUAUUCUAUAAGCUGAAUGUAGUCUAUUUAAAUCUUAAUCAACUGCCAUUAAUUUUUAAAAGCGUGUAUCAUUACGACAUUCCAUGGCUAGAUAACGAUAAAAAGCUAUUGUACAGCAAAUUUCCCCAUAAAUUGCGUAAGCUACUUCAAUGCAGAAGUUUCCCUCACUACACUGAUCUUUAUGACAGAUCCUAUCCUUCGGAUUGUUGGCGGGCUUCUCCAUCCUUUGUCAAACCACUGGACAUUCAUUCUCACGUUCUUACCAGUAAAGUAUUCGGAAGAGAUGUUACUUCUCCAACUAUAAAAGUAAUGGAAACACGAUUGCGUACUCUACUUCCGGACAGAUCACGAAUAAGCAUUGAAUUGUUACGUGAACUCUAUGAGAGCCUAUAUCCCCCAUUGACUCCCGAUAUUAUUUCAUCAUACUUGGUGUGUCCCUUGGCCGAGACACUGAAUGAUAUUACGCCCGCUUAUCGUACUUUACUGCAACAUAUAAAGUCAUCCGGUUUAGAGAUGGGAACAUAUUAUCUUACUAUAAAGUCUAAAGAAGACUGUAAACACAGUGAACACGUAGAUUAUGUGCGCGUAGUAAGACGGCAUAUGGGUGAACUGAAUCCUGAGCAUGUAAGAAGCGAUGAAAAGAUAGGAUGGAGGGUAAACAAGGAUAAGUUGAUAGAUAUGAGAAGAGCGCCGACCGAACAAUUAGAGCAAAACGAGAAGACAGGAUGGAGGACAGGCAGGGAUAUAUCGAUAGGUCGGGAGAGAUCAUCAAUUGAGCGGUCGGAACAUGAUGGAAGUAAUAGCGAAGAAGGUUGCCUGGCGAAGUUUAAAGAAGAGAUACUCACUUUGUUUCAGAAUACGUUUUAUUAUCGCCCUUCUACGCUCGAAGAAGCCUACGUAGCUACUUACGACCGUCAGCCUCCAAUAAGAUCCAAAUCAAAGACAGUCUCAGUUGCAGACCUCCUCAGCACAGAAUAUCCAUCUGAAUUUGCCAUUGUAUAUUUGAAAUCAAAUUUAAGCUUUAUUUGUCGUCGGAGCAGACAGCCAUUUAAAGGAAGCGAGUUCAGAUUUAAAAUAACAUCAGAUAGGACUGCAGCCUCGGAACGUAAAUAUUCGGAAUCCAGAACGAAUCGCAAGCCAGAAUAUGUUUAUCCACUGGAAGUAGCAUUUGCACGGGUAUACUGUGUCGCUGCACCAUCGACAGAGCUAACAACAGAUGACUUGGAAGAACUUUACUAUCAUUUAUAUCAAAGAUCAGUGGGCUGGCAUAAAUUUAAAUAUACAAGCUUCGGAGAAUUUUUAGCAGAUUCAAACGGAUUCGAUGUCAGAGGUCGCUUAAUAAAUGUCAAACAGUGUCGAUUGAGUGAGUUACUUAAGCAUAAACCUUCACCAUUUCAUUUACGAACCGAUCGAAGAUACGAUACGCGCAAUGAAAAUCAAGUACGUCCGGAGGGACGUGGGACAUCUAAAUUUGGACAUGAAGGCACAGUCCGUAAUGAAAUAAGAGAUCAUCAAAUGUUGGAAGGAAGAACCAUGCACAAAAAUGAUGGCAGAACGCGUGCACGUUUGACUCAUCCGCGGUUUGAUGCUAGAUUUCAAUUACGAACUUAUACAAAGCAUUCUACAAGACCUGAGUCCCAGAUCGACAUGCGACAUUCAAUGCAUGGAGAUGCACGAUACCAUGCCAAACACGACCCAAAUCAUAAUAAAGGAUCUCGGUAUGGUUACAAAAGGGGACGCUCUCCUGAAGAAGGUAAUAUUGUGAGUGAGCGUUACAUACGUAGAAGAAGAUCGACAUCGCCUGUCAAACACGCCAUCACGUCUUCAUCGCCUAGCAAAGAAGAUCGAGAACUAGAACAUAAUUAUACUUCACUUACAAACGAGUUAUUACAUAGCCCUCCUAUGGGGGUGACAACCGGUAUGUCACAUAACAACACAUUUAGGUCUUCACCGCAAUGGGCAGGCAGAACGUUACCUGUUCGAACGAGUAAAUUUAAUGGAAAGCGUCGAAUGAUAAAUUCGAAAAGAUCGGGGGAAAUACAUGGAGAUGCACAAAGGAAUGCAAAAGGACAUUUGCGAGGAUUGAGACAUCGCAACAAACGGACCGAUUGCAUUCAAGACGUUCAGCACGAUAUGUCUCACAUAGACACAUCCUUAUCCCCUGACCAGCUUUCUCAUUUAUCACGCUCUGCUUUAUGGACAAUGGAAACCAGCGAUCCCGCGCUUGGCCAAAAAUCUCCUUCCUAUUCAUCAAUCCAGAGGGAUCUCCAAGAUACCGAUUCUCACAUGUCAACUCGGGGGGGGUUUAUAAAACCCCCGAUUAUGUCUAACAGAAAAUGUAAGGGCAUGAGGAGAAUGGAGAACGGCAAUGAAAGGCGCGAUAGAGAAAGAGGAAGUAGAAAUAGGUCUAGAAGACGAGGGGACGCGGAUGUCUACGAGCGUAGAUGUCCGCCGUUCUCGCCAGAAGCUAGAAGUGAUGAUGGUGAUCAUGUUUAUCAUAGUGGUAACAGUAGUUCUAGUAGAGAUUCUGGACUUGGUAUUCGGAUAGCUUCGUCGCCAUUGCCAGAGGCAUCAAAAGAGAUGGAUACAGCAGGCAGAUAUCAUGGUGUUUUGUCAUCUCCCGCGUACUCGCCUGAUUUCCGAGAAAAACCGACUUCGGAACCGGUGGUCAAUGUUUUAACUUCACCCACAUAUUCGCCACAACCUCAAGAAAAAUCAUAUAUGGAAUUUGGACUUCGUGUUCCAACAUCCCCUGAGUAUUCAUCGGAGCCACAAGGGGCAGUUAUAUCAGGAUUGCCAAUUAUAUCAGGAUUAAUGGUUGGUGCAUAUUCUUCUACAUACUCUUCCGUGCAUCAAGAAGGCGCUUGUAACACCUCAAUUUCGCAAGAGAAACUGCACGAGAAUUCUGAUAUGUCUCUUACGCGCUCGCUUAAAUCGGAGGAGAAAUCAUAUAUGAAUUUGAGUAGUUGUCACCCGCCCUCCUCACUAGAAGAAAAACUCGAUAGGGAAUCGUUAUUCCGCAAUCAGUCAUCACCAUUGCAUUCCCAUGACUAUGAGGGAAAGUCACACAAUGACUUGGAACAUUAUGAUACAUCUUCAACCUCAUGCGCCCCAAUGUUAGAGAAUGCAAGUUCCGAUAUAAUGGCGAAGGGAAAGCAACCAGAAAUUUCCGGCUCACUGUCUCCGUCAACAAUAACGUCCACGGUUACACCUUCUACACCAGAGGGCUAUGAGGAACUAAAUGAUGAGUCGAGAGAGCCUAAUGAAAGAGAGUCUAAUGAAGAAUUGAGUGAAAAAAAGGUGAACAAAGAAGUGAGUGGCAAGGUUUUUGGAGAGGCAAAGGAAGAGUUGAACACAGGAUUGAGUGGUGAGGUUUUUGGAGAGGCAAAGGAAGAGUUGAACACAGGAUUGAGUGGUGAGGUUUUUAGAGAGGCAAAGGAAGAGUUGAACGCAGGAUUAAGUAGUGAGGUUUUUGGAGAGGCAAUGGAAGAGUUGAACACAGGAUUGAGUGGUGAGGUUUUUGGAGAGGCAACAGAAGAGUUGAACACAGGAUUGAGUGGUGAACCAACAGUAGAAUCAAUUGAAGAAAGAAAAGGAGAAUGCCAAUCUAAUAAGGCAUUGGAUAACAGGCACAUAUUAUUGAAAGAAACUGAUUCAGAUUCACUAAAUCCAUCAUAUGGCUUUGCUAUUAUGCCAGUAAUGAGGACAAGUGAGGUGUUUAAUGAGUUGUCACCUCUACAAGCAGCUAUGAUUGAGGCUAUAUUUAUUAUGAACAAAGAAAUGCUAGAUAAUGAAUCUUAG